AUGGCAUGUAGAAGAAAAAAGAAGCUCAGACCAGCUGAGAUCAUGACCAUGAAUUUAGCAUUUAGUGACUUGGGAAUAUCAGUGACGGGAAAACCAUUCAGCAUCAUAUCCAGUUUCAGCCAUCGCUGGGUGUUUGGCUGGAGCAUCUGUCAGUGGUACGGAUGGAUUGGCUUCUUCUUUGGCUGUGGUAGUCUCAUCACUAUGACCGUGGUCAGCUUUGACAGAUACAUGAAAAUCUGCCAUCUGAGAUAUGGUACUUGGGUGAAAAGACGACAUGCCUUCAUUAGCCUGAUCCUUAUCUGGUUCUAUGCAUCCUUUUGGGCCACUCUGCCAGUGGUGGGAGUGGGGAACUAUGCUCCGGAACCAUUUGGAACCUCCUGUACAUUAGACUGGUGGCUGGCACAGGCUUCUCUGAGAGGGAAGGUCUUUGUAAUCAGCAUCAUGUUCUUUUGCCUUAUUCUGCCCACCAUUGUCAUUGUGUUCUCCUAUGCAAAGAUUAUCGUCAAAGUCAAGUCUUCUGCUCAGGAAGUGGCAGUCUUUGAUACCAGAAAUCAGAAGAGUCACACGUUGGAGAUCAAGCUGACCAAGGUGGCGAUGUUGAUCUGUGCCGGAUUCCUCAUUGCAUGGAUUCCCUAUGCUGUUGUGUCGGUCUGGUCAGCUUUUGGGAGUCCGGAUUCCGUCCCAAUUGAAUUUUCUGUGGUACCAACUUUGCUGGCAAAAUCGGCGGCAAUGUAUAAUCCCAUCAUUUACCAAGUUAUCAACUGCAAAUGCUCAUGCUUCAGAUCCAGCAAGGCUCUGCAGAAUUCCAAUUCUAGGUACAGUGUGACAAAUUAA